AUGGUUGUUAAAUUCAGUCAGAAGAGGAAGAGGAAGAAGGAGAAAGCGAGGAAGGAGAGUGAUUGUAGCAAUGGAAGAACAAGUAAUAAACUGACAGAUUUGCCUCUCGAAAUAAUCUUCGACAUCUUUUCAAGACUUUCUGCCGUUACUCUCAGUCGAUUAAGGAGUGUAUGUAAACUCUGGAACAACUUGACACGAGACCCUGGAUUCAUUGACCUGCUGCACCUGAGGAGGAAAUUGAAAUUGAAAUUGAUGCAGGAGGUACCACCAUCACAUCUCAUCUUUGCAUCAGAGACAACAAACACACAAGUCUGGGAUACGAAAAGGACCUUGUUUUUGAUAGAUGGGGUUGAAGAAGAAGGUACUUGUAGGGCUAUAGAAAUUUAUUUGGAGAAGAAUAGGUUUGACCUUGUUGGCUCUUGCAAUGGAUUGGUUUGUUUGGCUUCCGUCCGAAAAUUUGGUUCUAUCAUCAUCUGUAAUCCUAUUACAGGUGAGAGCUGGUGUUUGCCUCCUAAUUCAAAACUUGAAGAUUUUUUCCUUACCUUUGGUCCUAUGACCGUUCCUAGAAUUGGUUUUGGCUUUGAUCAUGCAACCGGAAAAUAUAAAGUGAUCCGAUUCUUGUAUGAUGAUCAAGGCCAGUUGUUGGGUAAGAUCAUCACUUUGGGUGAACGUUCAUGGAGAAACUUCUAUAUUCCGGUGACCAAAGGAGGACAGUAUGGCAAUAAGGAAUAG